UGCUGGCUGGCACUUUGACAACCCUCCGUGUGUCUCUGUUAAGCUGAAAGCGUUGUGAGUGCGCCCCUCUGCCAAGCCGCUGUGUGUUUAAGCACCUUGGAGAACUCCAGCUCCACGGCAGUGCGCACCGCGGAUGUUGAAUCGAGACUGUGCGUAAACUACGUCGGAUCCGGAAGAACUAAAUGCUGCACUGGCAGGGCUGCUUGCCUUGUCUUCACCCUUUGUGGAUGAUAUUGGUUGUCUGUUGAGUGUUUUAGGUAUUGUCUGCAUCGCUGUAAAACCAGCACCACCUUCUCUCCCUGGCAGGAGGUCAGCGAAGCUAUGGCGGCUGCGCUUUAGUUUUGGCGAUGCUUUGUGCUUCACGUUCAUCCUUCGCCUGAUCUCGUUUCACUGGAUUGGCCGAGGCAAAUGCCAUUCAGUACACAGUCGCUGCGUGCAUGGGCCGAGAGGAGAACUUGGCCCUAUCCAACAUGCCCUCGAGUUACAAUGCGAGAUCCAGGGCGCGGGAGAGAAACAGCGUCCUGAGCAGACCUGAGUUCAUGUCACUGAACCAUCAACCCCUCCGCGGCGGCGGCGGUGGCGGUGGCGCAGGUGGUGGCCACUCGGAGAGCCGAGGCAGCGCAAGGCGUCCCGGUCAAAUCAAGCACCAAACAAGCCAGACAAGUGAAGAACCUACCGACAGUGGCAGCAAGGACAGAAGAGAGUCCAGCAAAAUGCCAGAGGAAGACUGCAUGCAGUUGAACCCUUCGUUCAAGGGAAUAGCGAUGAACUCCCUCCUCGCCAUUGACAUCUGCCUGUCCAAGCGCAUGGGGGUGUGUGCCUACACGUCGUCCUCCUGGGGAGGCUGCCGCUCCAUGGUCGCCCUGUUGGCGCUUACAGGGCACGGCAUCACGUGGAUCAUUGGUACCAUUGUGUGCCUCACGAGGAGCAACACUCUGGCUGGGCAAGAGGUCCUGGUCAACCUGCUGCUUGCCCUCCUUCUUGACGUCUUGACUGUGGCUGGAGUCCAGAGACUGGUGAAGCGCAGAGGACCCUGGGAGAUGACUCCAGGCUUCAUGGACUGCAUCGCCAUGGACAUCUACUCCUUCCCCGCUGCUCAUGCCAGCCGGGCUGCCAUGGUCUCCAAGUUCUUGCUGUCCCACCUGGUCUUGGCCGUGCCGCUUCGCAUCCUGCUGGUGCUGUGGGCCUUCCUGGUGGGCAUGUCACGGGUGCUGCUGGGCAAACACCAUCUAACUGACAUGGUGUGUGGCUUUGCACUGGGCAUGUUCCACUUUAGCUUGAUGGAGACGGUGUGGCUCUCAUCGAGCACCUGUCAGACUCUUAUUUCCAUAAGCACGCUCAGCUGGAGCCCCUUUUCAUGAGCUUUUCAUGUACGGCUAUGCUAGCACACAAGGCUUAUUUGAAACACUAAGUGCGUAAUGUCGGGGCGUUGCGAAGUUCUUAUCUCAGGGUUUGAACAGAGAAGCAUUAACAUUUAGAAUCAGACACUAGCUUGCAUGUAACGCCCAAGUCAGGCAGGUCACAAGAUCUAAAAAGAAAAUUUGUCUUCAGUCAAAUCUACUAACACAUACCUCUAGUGCUUCUUAAUUUCAUGAAAGUCCUGCUAAUAAAGGAGAAAUCAUGACAGUUGUAAACUAACAGCGAUUUGGUGAAAAUGUACAUGUGGAAUUUAAGUUUUUAGAAAGUUUUCUUCGUUUAGUUUUUUGAAUCUCUUGCACACUAUUACCAUUCAUCCAUAACCGCUUUCUAUUCAACAACUUCUGACUCUGUGCACCCCUCUUUCUCUUUAGCAUCCUACUUCAUUUUACUUCCUCCUUCUCUGCCACCUCUUCCUCUUUUCUUAAAUAUUUGUGCUUUAGUACGGGAUAGUGAAACACUUAGACCAGUUUUAAGGCUGAAUAGAGUUUGUUUUGAAGCUGUAAUAGCGGAUGUAACAGUAAAAUAUGUGAUGGGAUUGUUGUUUGGAUAUUCCACUUUGUUCCUAAUUGGCAUGACUAAUAUAUUUGUAGAUCUCUGAUGGGAUUUUGUUGUUUUUUGCUGUACGUUUACCGAAUAUGAACUUUUUUAUUUUUAAUGCCAAUGAAUUUAAUAUUUUUCUUAUGGGGUCAAAUAUAAUUUCCUUCAGUGUGCCAUUUAAGCUUUAAUGUGUUCAUUUUUAUUUUUUUUAUUUUUUAAUAGCACAUAUUCAGCUCUUUUAUUUCAGGCUGCUGCAGUCUGCACAUUAGCCUAAGAGAUGUUUUGCCAGUGAUGCUGAUUCUGUGGUGAUUCUGUGCCCCACAAAUCAACUGAAGCGUGUGUAUGUGGUGUGUGAAUGUUGGCAUUUAAAUAUCAGUUUUAAACAAAUCCUGCCUUUCUUUUCUGGACCUUUGAAUGAAACCUGCUGUUUUGUGACAGUCAUAUUUCAGUUCAGUGGUUUGGUAUGUAAAUACAGUUUUGUGUACAUUAGUUUGCUUUGUUCUGUGCAGAGAUCUGUGUAUCAUGUUCUUACUUUGUUUCUGCGUUUCAUUGAUAAAACAAGGUGGGCUCUUAGUAAAAUA